AAACCAGGGAUAGAACCCAGGUCUCCAACAUCACAGACAGAUUCUUUACCAUCUGAACCACUAGGGAAGCCCAUAAUGCUAUUGGGACACCUUCAUAAUGCCUCAUGUAUCCCUGAAUUGGUAUGGAAUAUGGUGUGCAUUUUCCUCUUUCUCCAUCCUUCUUACUUAUCUCUUAUCAGCUAAGGUCCAGGAAGAGAUUGACCGUGUUAUUGGCAGACACCAGAGCCCCUGCAUGCAGGACAGGAGCCACAUGCCCUACACGGACGCUGUGAUCCACGAGAUCCAGCGAUACGCUGAUAUGCUCCCCACCAGUCUUCCCCAUGCAGUGACCCGUGACAUUAAAUUCAGAAACUAUCUCAUCCCCAAGGGCACAGAUAUAUUAACAUCACUGACUUCUGUGCUUCGUGAUGACAAAGAAUUCCCCAAUCCUGGGGUAUUUGAUCCUGGCCACUUCCUGGAUGAGAGUGGCAACUUUAGGAAGAGUGACUAUUUCAUGGCUUUCUCUACAGGAAAACGUGUUUGUUUGGGAGAGGGCCUGGCCCGCAUGGAGCUGUUUUUAUUCCUGACCACAAUUUUACAAAAAUUUACCUUGAAACCUGUGGUUGACCCAAAGGACCUCGAAACCACCCCAGUUGUCAAUGGGUUAGUUUCUGUGCCACCAUUUUACCAGCUCUGUUUCAUUCCUGUGUGAGGAAUGUUAGAUCAUCUGGCUUCUUCACUGAUGUCUUCAACUCCCUCUCAUCUGGAGCAUCGUUCACCUGCUUCCCCUCAUCGUUCCUGAGAGCGAUUGCUCUGACCUCUCUUCAUUCAUUGUGCAAUUUCAAUGCAGAAAUGUAUCUGCCAUCCUUCAUACUCUGUAACAUCUGUAUUGGCUACCAGAUAAUGCACAUAAUUAUCUGAUGUUGAAUAGUUCUGCAUUCAUAGGACUAUCUACCCCAUCAAAAUAAAAUAAGAUGAUUACUCUCUGUACAAUGCAGAGCUAUUUCUGCUAUGCCUGUUCCUAAUAAAACACAUACCUUGGUAAGCCAG